GUGCGAUCCACCAUAUCCGCUGGCGAAGGCAAGGGCUCACCGCCAUGGCUCGUCAGAACAAGCGCAAUAAGAACUCGAACGGAGAUGGGCAGCAUCGAACCUCGCCUACUUCGAACGGUGAUGCUAAUGGAGGCGCAGUGAAGCGCACGAUGUACGUGCAGCUCCUACUGAACGACCCUGCAUUGGUGCGUCACGCCCAGCACCUCAAGGAGACGUGGACUGAAGCCACAGGUUGGGAACUUGACGACGAGGUCGGCCAAUCGUCGCUUGUCCUUCUGAGCGUGGACGUGCAGUCCCACGUUCAGUUGCAGGUGGUCAAGGACAUCCUCUCGACCAGUAUCGGCCAGGGCGACGCGUCAGCCUUGGAUGCAAGUUGCAGGCUUCAGGUUGAGAACAACAGCAUCAACGGAACAAAGUGCCUUCGCCUGGCCGUUCACUUCUCGGACGUCAUGCUAGCCUUCCUCGCCAAGACCAGCAACGCAGCUCAACUGAAACUCGCCAGUCACGGCAUCAAGGCAACCAAUCGAUAUGAGCCCAACGCACUCAAGAAACUGCGCUCCGUCGUGGUCUGGUCCCUCAACCAAACAUCCCCAUUGCCAUCCCUCCAUGACGAUAUUGCCCACACGAAUCGGCAAGGGUGGACGGCGCCGCUGUCUCUGCGCACUCUGGUGUUGGGAUGGACUCCCAUGGGUGCACAAGUGGUCUCGACGUGGUUGUUUGCUUCGUCCAUCGGCCAAACCAGUCGAGAUCUUCCCACAUUGUCGCCCUUGUAUGACACUCUCCAGCUGGUCGCAAACACAGUCGUGAUCCUGCGUGGUCGUCCUGGCAGUGGGAAGAGCACCCUCACCCGGAUCGUAAAAGCCAAGGCCGCUUCGUUGGGUUAUGACGUGGCCGUUUGCAGUGCCGACACGCACUUUGACUCGCCGUGGGGCUACCACUACGACAAAGCGCAGCUCCCCGCCGCGCACGACGCAUGUCGGCUGGCCUUCCACGACGCUCUGCAGCAGCACGUGGCGGUGGUCGUCGUGGACAACACUCACUCGUGUCUGUGGGAGUACGAGCCGUACCGCACAGCGGCGUUCGAAGCCGGAUAUCGUGUGGUCGUGGUGGAAGUGGGCUGCGACGACGUAACCACCGCGGUGCGCAUGGGCUUUCGCAACUCGCACGGCGUGGGCAUCGACGUGAUGCUUCGCAUGCACCAGCGAUGGGAGCCGCACGUGUCACAUGCAUCGGAGGUGCACAUGUUGGUGCCGCCAGCCUUUAGUGCCGCCGACAACCGCCGCGCCAUGGCGUUGCUGCUGCAGGGGGACAUUGGGGAUGUGUACAUUGCCGCAGUGUACUUUUCCGACGAGACCAAGCGCACCCUUCUCGAGCGGUUUCCUCCAAAGCACGUCAAUGUGAUUGCAGAGCACAUGACGCUGGCAUUUCAGCCAUCAAAGGCGUUCGUGGCGUCGUUAACAUUGGGCCAACACGUUCGUUUAAACGUUGUUCAAGAACGCUUUGACGCCAAGGGCCAUUGCUUGAAACUGCAGUGGGUCCACAAUGCCGUUGCCGUUGACUGCGUCGGCCAGCGCAUUCUGCACACGACGCUGUCGUUUGCACCCGACUCGGCCGCGUAUUACUCGAACGCGUUGCUCUUGGACGACGAUAACGCCAAUAUCGUGUGUGUGCAACCCCCCGACCAACUCGAGGUCGAAGGACUCGUGGGCGUCGCGCUGCAGUCGCCGUACGUUCCUAAGUGGAAAAAAGCCAAGCUCCUCGACUUGCCUAGAAGUACAUUGACGCACAGGUGUGACGUGGUGCUCGUGGACGUCCGUGGAUCCGACGCGAUCGACCAGAUAGCGUUUGUGGCCGAGCUCGAGCGAGUGGCUGGCGUCGGCUCCACCCUCGUCCUCUUGGCAUGUGACGAGGUAGACUGUUUGUGGUUUACCCGCCGUCAAAUUGAGUUUCACCACGUCAUCAUCUCGAGAACGAUGACGUUGUCUGCCAGCAUCAAGCAAGUCCAGACUAUCGUGUCAGAAGUGGCUGCCAUCACAGUCGUGACGCUGGCCUCGUCACUGGUGCCUGUUGAAUCGCUGUCGUCGUACAAAGAACUCUUCUUGUCCAUCCAUUCCGUCGAACGUUCCAUCACGAGUGACCCCCUCCCUCGACACGAUGCCAUGUCUACUGUCUUCCGGCAGUUCCUCGUGGACAUUCAAAACCUCGUCGAUCGGUCGUGGCGGUCGGUGGCUGGUGCCUCGUACAUCGACACUGUAUCGCAUGACCACCAGGCCAACCACUUUGACAUGUACCUCUCUGCCACCCCCGACGGCAUCGUCGCAUUGCCCACCCUGCAAAGUCGGCUUGUAGCGUCGUUUCCGUCCUACAUGCAAACUCGCCAGCUGCGGCACUGUGCAUCGGACCAAGUUGCCUUUGUGGACGUGCAUGUGUCGGCCUGUUACGCUGUCACAUUCCGUCUGGUCCUGUACGUCUACCCGUCCGAGACUAGUCCCCUCGUGCGCAGUCUCCACACAAUGCAAGAGCUGUUCCACCGCCGACCCCGCGCCAUCGACGCCGUGCUCGGAUGGUUCAUGGACGUCCUCUAUGACAUUCCCCUGCCGUUUGCCGACGUCGAGCGCUCCAUGCGCGUGCUCGCGGCCUGCCUCGCGCGCGGCUACGUCCACCAGCACCCCCAUCCAGACAUGGAGGAGUUCCAUCGGCACAUGUUGGACUGGAGUGAGACUGACUGGCUCGUGUGUUUGGCUCACAAGGAUGCGGACGCCACGGCGCUCUGCCACGCCCUUCAUGCGCCCCUCGAAGAAGACGGCGGACACCACUUAGCCGGCACCCCUCGGCAGCUCAAGGACUUGGAAUUGCAAGUCGUGCGGUGCAUUCUGCAGAAAACAGCCGGCGCCCCCGCCCGGGAACUGGAGUGGUUUGCCAUCGCACCCGCUCACGGGGGGGGCUCCCAGCAUUGGACCCGGUACCUCGAUGAUCUGGACAUCCGCCAUCGACUCAGUCGAGCGAUUCCCCACCAGAUUGUGUUUCGCCAAAACCAGAUGGCCAUAGAACCGUCUGGUGUCGCUGCGAUCACCCACCAACCAUUGAAUCAACCCAAGUCCGCAGACACGACUACUACUGUGCAGCUCACACACGUGUACACGGGCCAGCAGUUGCAACUGAGUGUUGGUUAGCUACAUGCCGCGGUACUUGGUGUUGCGGGACGAAGUAGAAGACGAUAGCGGCUCAGUCGAUGUGACGCGGAGGAUGGUCAUCUUGUAAUGAAACUCGACCAGGUCUGGUAUGUGCGAGCAGUCUCGAAUGUACAAUCGCUGGCACACUUCCCACGAUGCUAUCCACGGAAACAGAGGCACCGCCAGCUACGUACCCAUUCCACCAAUAAACCACAUCGCAGGA